AUUUGCUCCAGUGUGCUAGUUAUCCCUUCGGUUUGGCCCUACAACCAUGUCUUUCGAUUCCAUCCCUAUUCUAGACCUCUCUCAGGCCCGGGAUCCCAGCUCCAAACCAGCCUUCCUGCUCGACCUCCGCCAUGCCCUCCUUGAAGUGGGCUUCCUCUACAUCAAAAACACCGGCAUCGACUCCAAACUGAUCCAGGAUGUCAUCACAGAAGGAAAGCGGUUCUUUGACCUGCCGACAGAGAAGAAAUUGGAAAUUGAGAUGAAAAAUGCGCCCAGUUUUCUCGGAUACAGCAAACUUGGAAACGAAAUCACCCGCUUCAAAACCGAUUGGCGCGAGCAAAUCGACCUCUCCACCAACCAUCCCCUUCCCUCCUCAUCCGAUCCCCUCUACCACAACCUUCUCGCCCCCAACCAAUGGCCCGAUGAGCAGUCCAUUCCCCGCUUCCGGCCCGUGUACGAAGAGUACAUGAAGAAGAUGGGGGCUAUUAGUAUGGAGUUCAUCUCCCUUGUUGCUGAGGCCAUCGGACUCCCGUCCGACGCUUUCAAUCGCUUCUUCGACGCCGAUCAGCAGCAUAAGUUGAAGAUCGUGAAAUACCCUGACCUGGAAGAGCUAGGUAUUGACGGAGAUGUAGAGCAGCAGGGGGUCGGUCCGCACAAAGAUAGUAUGUUGACGAGCUAUUUGUUGCAGGCAAGUCAUCAUCGAGGACUACAGGUGCAGAACCAUCGGGGAGAAUGGAUCGAUUGCCCGCCCAUUGAUGGGACGCUAGUGGUGGCAAUUGGUCAGGGGCUGGAGGCCAUCACCCAGGGUGUUUGCCAGAGCACAACGCAUCGCGUUCUCUCUCCGGCACGAGGCUCCGGCGCCCGGUAUAGUGUUCCAUUCUUCCAGGGCGUGAGUUACGAUGCUACUUUCGAAAGUAUGGAGGUUCCAGAGCACGUCAAGGCUCUCCGGCAGGAAGUCAUCCAGAAGAAUGGAAUCCGUGAGGAUGAUAUCGAAUUCACAUUCUCUAAGGGCCGGUGGGGGCAUCUAGGGGAGGCGACUUUGAUGAAUAGGGUGAAAAGCCAUCCAGAUGUGGGAGAAAGAUGGUAUCCGACCUUGCUGCAGAAGAUUAGGGAGGAGCAGGCGAGGAAUAACCAAGUGAGUGAGAUUCCUCAGGGCAUACUGAAAGAUCAGGCACAAGGCCAAGCCCAAUCAGUCAAGGCCCAUUAAUGUGGGGAUACCACCGUCAUACAUCUAUGUAUAUACCGUACUCCAUACAUACUACG